AUGACUUCUCAUCAAUUCACUUUGGCUUCCCCACCUACGGAUGCUAUCUCGGCCUUGAAGUUCUCCCCAGACCCCAACUCCGCGCGACUCGUGGUUUCCUCAUGGGAUAAGAACGCAUAUCUAUAUGACUUGCGGGAUGAGAACGGAAAAUUUGGAGAGGGAAAGCUAUUGCAGAAGUUCGAGCACCGCGCUCCUGUCCUGGACGUCUGCUUCGGUGAGACCGAGAAUGAGAUCUACACAGCUGGACUGGAUUGGGACGUGAGGAAGAUCGAUCUCAACACCUCCGAACAGACCGUGCUCAGCAGCCACGAAGCCGGCGUGCGCCAUGUCCUAUACAGCCGCGAGCACAGGCUCGUCAUCUCCGCCUCGUGGGACUCCACACUACACAUUCACCAAGCCGAUACUGGCGCAAACCCCGACUCCCUGCCGAUUAUCAUUCCCCUCCCGUCUAAGCCAUUCUCAAUCUCCGCAACCGCCACGAAGCUGGUCGUGGCGAUGGCAUCGCGCGCGUUGCACAUCUAUGACCUCAAAGCGCUGGCCCUUCUCACCGCAGAAGCAGAUAGCGCCGACCCAAGCAGUAAUCGAGUUGAAAUUGAGCCUUGGCAGCGCCGCGAGAGCAGCUUGAAGUUCAUGACCCGCGCUGUCGCCUGCAUGCCUGAUGACGCUGGGUACGCCUCGUCUAGCAUUGAGGGUCGUGUUGCGGUCGAAUGGUUCGACCCAUCGCCUGAAUCUCAGGCCCGCAAAUACGCUUUUAAAUGUCACCGCCAGACCGGCGAGGAUGGCGUGGAUGUCGUCUACCCUGUCAACGCAUUGACUUUCCACCCUAUCUUUGGCACCUUUGCAUCCGGCGGUGGUGAUGGUGUUGUUGCGCUCUGGGAUGGAAUCUCUAAGCGCCGUAUCCGUCAAUAUCAGAAAUACCAACACAGUGUCGCAGCUCUCGCGUUCAGUGCGAGUGGCCAGCACCUGGCCAUUGCAGUCAGUCCUGGAUUCGAAGACGGCCAUGACGAGGUCCCCGAAGGCACAGUGAAGGUUUACGUUCGGGAGUUAGGCGAAACGGAGGCCAAAGGCAAGAGUAAGAGCGCAAAAUAG